CUCCGUGUUUGAGGGGACGAGGCGGAGGUCGGCGUCGCAAUGAUGCCGCUGCCGUUCGGGUUGAUGAGGGCCGGCCGGGUGGCGGUGCGGGCCGGCAGCUGGGCCAGGGCCAGCGGGGGGGUCUCCUCCGGGCCGGUCAGCCUGUCGGUCAGCCCGCUGAAGAGCCUGGCGGACGAGCCGCUGUCGAUCCGGGUGGCGGGGCUGGGCCCCCUCCAGGCCGUCACCCUGCGGGCCCAGGUGCUGACGGAGCGGGGGAACCUGUUCGACUCGUGGGGCCAGUACCGGGCGGACGGCGACGGGCGGCUGGACAUGAGCCGCUCGCCCUCGCUGGGCGGUGGUUACCGGGGCGUGGUGCCCAUGGGCCUCCUGUGGACCCUGUCCCCCUCCCCCAUGGAGCAGCCCUACCAGCAACUCCGCAAGGACAAACUGACCCGCCCCAUGUAUGUCGACCUGUGUGUCCACUCCGGCCACAACGGCUCGGUCACCAUCCCCGGGCCGCUCCUGGUCAAGCAGAGGAUCGAGAGGUGGUACAGCAAACCCGGGGUCCGCCACGGCAGGAUCAGGGAAGGCAACCUGAGGGGCAGCAUCUUUCUCCCCGCAGGGGAUGGCCCCUUUCCUGGAGUGAUAGAUCUUUUUGGAGAUGAUGGUGGUUUGACUGAGUUUCGAGCCUGUCUCCUUGCAAGCCGAGGCUUUGUUGCUCUUGCCCUCCCUUACUUUGGCUUUGAGGAUCUACCAAUGAUCUUGACAGAUAUUCAUUUAGAAUACUUUGAAGAGGCUGUGAAUUACCUACAGAAACAUCCAAAGGUGAAGGGACCUGGUAUUGGAGUAAUUGGGUCUUCAAAAGGUGCGGAUUUGGCUCUGUCAAUGGUCACAUUUAUACCACAAGUGGUGGCAUCCGUUUGUAUCUCUGGCUGUAAUGCAAACACUCUGUCGGACCUGCAUUAUAAAGAUAUGCAUCUCCCCAGCUUGCGUUACGAUGUAGAUCGCCUGAUUGUUUUGGACUCAGGAAUUCUAGAUGUAUCUGAAACACUUAACCUCAACACAAAGAAAGACAGCAUUAUCCCACUGGAAAAAGCUGAGGGACACAUCUUGUUUGUGGUAGGAGAGGACGACAAGAUCUGGAACAGCAAGCUCUUUGCUGAGGAAGCAAUAAAAAGACUGAAAAAACAUGGCAAAGACAACUAUGAGCUCCUCAGUUAUCCAGGAGCUGGGCAUUGUAUUGAACCUCCAUGUUCUCCAUUUCGUUUUGCCAUGAUUGACCGGUUGUUUGGACUUCCAGUGCUGUUGGGAGGAGAGGCAAUAAAACACUGCUAUGCUCAACAAGACUCUUGGCAAAAGAUUCAAGACUUCUUACAUUUACAUUUAUGUUAAAGUGAAUUAGAUUUAACAAGAUUCCUCUUUACUCACCAUAUGUUAUUUGGUGUGUUAAAUUCUGUAUUAAAUUGCACACAUUAUUUAAUGUGAAGAACCAAAUGUGAGGAGUACAAUCUUAACACUUUUAGAAACUUAACAUUCUUGAUCACCAAUGACAUUACCGUUUGGGUGAGAAUGGAAGUCUUUCCAAAAA